AUGCAGUACUUCAUAACAUUGUUAAGAUCCGAGUACAGUACCUAUUGGAAAUGUGCUCAAGCCGGUUGCAUAUAUUUCGAAUUCAUGAAGUCCUCAGUGGACGUAAUCGACUUACUCGGCCUGUACAUUAUCAUCACUCGCAACUGGUCUGGCAAAGGUGAAGUGCGCUUCCUCGCUGCCGGACUUGGUUGGGCAGCCGCGGACGCCGUCGCCACGCGUACAGUGCCAUUUUGGGUAGGUGCGAGAGGAGUUGGCUUUGACUGGAAGUACAUUCAGAUGGGUUUUGAAUCAAAUAUUAAUUUGGUAUUUUUUAUGGCCAUAAUUUUCGUUUUUUCUUAA